GCCGGCUCCCCAAUCCCCAUCACCAUUUCAUAAGCUACUGAAUGCCUUCCAAGCUCCAUCACAAUUCACAAAUCUCUAGGUUUGAUGAGCUUGCGUUGAUCCGCCGGAGAUGAAAACAAACCAAAAUUAUUCCAACUGAACACCCGUUCGUCCCUGCAUCUCUGCGCAAGUUUCCACCUUCGGCUCCGUAACCAAAAUUUUCACCGGCACUGAAGCCUGCGAAUAGCCUCCUCUUUGCUCGAGUAGUUUACGCCAUUAUCCAUGGUCAAUCAACCCUUGAAUCCAAAUUCUCACCUUAUCCAAGACACCAACUGGUAGUACAUUCCCAGACCAAGCUUCUCCCUUCCCUGCAGUGCAGAAACCAUCUGGAGCGUGGUUUCAUUAGACGCAGUUUAUAAAAGAAGAGGAGGAGGGGCCAUGGGGAAUCCCCCUGAUUACAGCAAACCGCCGCUACCAGCUGCGUGUCGCACUCGCUACUGCUGCCACAGAAUGGCGAGCCUCGCGCUCUUCCUCAUCCUACUCGUGCUGCCUGCCAGGUCGAUGCCCGCCGCGCAUUGCGACGGCAACGUCGGGUUCGAGCUCAAGCUGACCCACGUCGACGCGGGCGCGUCCUACACCAAGGUGGAGCUCCUCCGACGCGCCGUCGCCCGGAGCAAGGCCCGCGUGGCCGCGCUGCAGGCCGUCGCCGCGGUGGCCGACCCGGUCGCCGCCGCGCGCGUCCUGGUGACGGCCAGCACCGGCGAGUACCUGCUCGGCCUGGCCAUCGGCACGCCGCCGCUCUUCUACACGGCGGUCUUGGACACCGGCAGCGACCUCAUCUGGACGCAGUGCGCGCCGUGCCUGCUGUGCGUCGACCAGCCCACGCCCUACUUCGACGCCAAGCGGUCCGCCACGUACCGCGCGCUGCCGUGCCGGUCGCCGCGGUGCGGGCAGCUCUACUACCCGGCCUGCUUCCAGAAGGUGUGCGUGUACCAGUACUACUACGGCGACACCGCGUCCACCGCCGGCGUCCUCGCCAACGAGACCUUCACGUUCGGCGCCAGCAACUCCACCAAGGUCCGGGUGCCCAACGUCUCGUUCGGGUGCGGCAGCAUCAACGCCGGCGACCUCGCCAACAGCUCCGGCAUGGUUGGCUUCGGCCGCGGGCCGCUCUCGCUGGUGAGCCAGCUCGGCCCGUCCAGGUUCUCCUACUGCCUGACGUCCUACCUCUCGCCGACGCCGAGCCGGCUCUACUUCGGCGUGUUCGCCAACCUCAACAGCACAAACACCAGCUCCAGCUCCGGGUCGCCGGUGCAGUCCACGCCGUUCGUCGUCAACCCAUCGCUGCCGAGCAUGUACUUCCUGUCGCUCAGGGGCAUCAGCCUGGGGGCCCGGCGCCUGCCAAUCGACCCGCUGGCGUUCGCCAUCAACGACGACGGCACGGGCGGCGUCGUCAUCGACUCCGGCACGUCCAUCACGUGGCUGCAGCAGGACGCCUACGAGGCCGUGCGCCGCGGGCUGCUCUCCGCCAUCCCGCUGCCGGCGAUGAACGACACGGACAUCGGCCUGGACACGUGCUUCCAGUGGCCGCCGCCGCCAAACGUGACCGUGACCGUGCCAGACUUCGUGCUCCACUUCGACGGCGCCAACAUGACGCUGCCGCCGGAGAACUACAUGCUGAUCGCGAGCACCACGGGGUACCUGUGCCUGGCGAUGGUGCCCUCCGGCGUCGGCACCAUCAUCGGCAACUACCAGCAGCAGAACCUGCACAUCCUCUACGACAUCGCGAACAGCUUGCUGUCGUUCGUGCCAGCUCCGUGCGACAUUAUAUAGAGCUUUUCCUGUGAGGCCUCUAAGAAUAAAUUUGGUGCUGGUCGUUGCAGCUUGUAGUGUUGUAGUCAUUGCAUCACGCUUGAGAUUGUAUUGCUGUAUCAUCACCAAUUCUGUAGCUGGAAAUUUAGUGUGCAAGCAGUCUUUUUGGU